CACCGACCAAUAAAUACCGAUAUUCCCCGAGAACCCGAAUUCACCCGAAAAUGGGGCGCCUAUCCUCGGACGUACACAGGCUACGAUAUUCAGUACUUUUUAGGCACCUUAACUCCUGUCCUAGGUUCCCUCCAUGGACUCGAUUUUUACUAUAUUUACAAACUGACGCUAGCCUUCCUUCAGCCCUGCUCCUUCACGAGUGCGCAAGACAGGCCGGUCCACAUCACGAGCCGGAUGCCCGU